CCACUCCGGACGUGGCGCUUGGCAUUUGACAUGCGCAUAAUAAUUCCGAGGAAGAAAGGCACCAGUGUUUAACCGACCGCAUUAUAUUGUAAACAUUAGCAACCCGGGCGACUUUUCUGUGACGUUGGGAUGGAAAUAUAAGGUUAACCUCAAGGUGUGGGGCCGAACAUUGUUAUUCAGUGCAUGGACCCAAAACCAAUGCGUAGGGCCACCAGCGCACGCCAAGACGCCACUGGAAUGGACAUCACCAGCCGCUGUACUCUGGGGGACCCCAACAAGCUCCCUGAAGGGGUCCCCCAGCCUGCACGCAUGCCAUAUGUCUCGGACAAACACCCACGGCAGACCCUGGAGGUUAUCAACCUGUUGAGAAAACACCGUGAGCUCUGUGACGUGGUGCUGGUGGUGGGUGCCAAGAAGAUUUAUGCUCACCGUGUGAUCCUGUCUGCGUGCAGCCCCUACUUCAGGGCGAUGUUCACUGGAGAGCUGGCAGAGAGCAGACAGACUGAAGUGGUUAUACGUGACAUUGAUGAGCGAGCCAUGGAGCUGCUCAUUGACUUUGCCUACACCUCACAGGUGACUGUAGAGGAGGGAAACGUCCAGACGCUGCUCCCCGCAGCCUGUCUUCUCCAGCUGGCUGAGAUCCAGGAGGCCUGCUGUGAGUUCCUUAAGAGGCAGCUGGAUCCCUCCAACUGUCUGGGCAUCAGGGCCUUCGCAGACACACACUCCUGCCGCGAGCUGCUCCGCAUUGCAGACAAGUUCACCCAGCACAAUUUUCAGGAGGUAAUGGAAAGUGAAGAGUUCAUGCUGCUGCCUGCCAACCAGUUGAUUGACAUAAUUUCCAGCGAUGAGCUCAAUGUGCGGAGCGAGGAGCAGGUUUUUAAUGCUGUGAUGGCCUGGGUGAAAUACAGCAUCCAGGAACGCAGACCACAACUACCCCAGGUCCUGCAGCAUGUCCGUCUGCCACUGCUCAGCCCCAAGUUCCUGGUGGGCACCGUUGGGUCAGACCCUCUCAUUAAGAGUGACGAGGAGUGCAGAGACCUGGUUGAUGAGGCUAAGAAUUACCUGCUGCUGCCGCAGGAGAGGCCGCUAAUGCAGGGCCCCAGAACCCGGCCGAGGAAACCCAUCCGCUGUGGAGAGGUACUUUUUGCAGUUGGUGGUUGGUGCAGUGGUGACGCCAUUUCCAGCGUGGAGCGUUAUGAUCCCCAGACCAAUGAGUGGCGGAUGGUAGCGUCAAUGAGUAAACGGCGAUGUGGAGUUGGUGUCAGUGUUCUCGAUGACUUGCUGUAUGCGGUGGGAGGUCAUGAUGGCUCGUCGUACCUCAACUCUGUGGAGAGAUAUGAUCCUAAGACCAAUCAGUGGAGCAGUGAUGUGGCCCCCACUAGCACUUGUCGUACCAGUGUGGGAGUGGCUGUCCUCGGUGGUUAUCUGUAUGCUGUAGGGGGACAGGAUGGGGUUUCCUGUCUCAACAUUGUAGAAAGGUAUGAUCCUAAGGAGAACAAAUGGACUCGUGUGGCUUCCAUGAGCACCAGGCGACUGGGCGUAGCUGUGGCUGUGCUGGGAGGGUUCCUGUAUGCUGUAGGAGGGUCUGAUGGGACGUCACCACUAAAUACAGUCGAACGCUACAACCCUCAAGAGAACCGCUGGCACACGGUGUCUCCCAUGGGAACCAGGAGGAAGCACCUUGGCUGUGCAGUCUACCAGGACAUGAUUUACUCUGUUGGAGGGAGAGACGACACCACAGAGCUGAGCAGUGCAGAGCGAUACAACCCCAGGACCAACCAGUGGUCUCCUGUAGUGGCCAUGACUUCCAGGCGGAGCGGGGUGGGCUUGGCUGUGGUGAAUGGUCAGCUGAUGGCAGUUGGAGGCUUUGAUGGGACAACGUAUCUCAAAACUAUAGAGGUCUACGACCCUGAUGCCAACACAUGGCGGUUGUAUGGAGGAAUGAACUACCGCCGGCUAGGUGGAGGGGUGGGCGUCAUUAAAAUGACUCACUGUGAAUCCCACAUAUGGUAACCCCCCCCACACACACACACACACUUCUCAUCACGUUGCAAUGGAUGCCUCUUUUCACCGACUCUCGUGCCUCCAAAAGAGACGCUGUAAUUCACGUGAGGAUGAGGAGAAAUGUGUGGGGGGGACAAAAGAGGAACAAACUUUGAACUCUAGUUCAUUCCCACCCCCACUCUGAGGUCAUAAACGUUUGGAAUACCCUGGUUGUCUUCACUGAUUGACCACUAAGUGCACUGAGAGCAGAAGUCUACCAAGUCUACCAUUAAGCUUCCAGUUUGGAGAGGACGGUCCUUCUCCUGUGUCCUCUCCAAGUUUUCAUCCUCCAAGCCUCUCGGUCUGGGACAUUUGACUCGGCGUGUGUGACGAUUGGAAUUCAACUUGACCACGGUUGCUGCUGGGGGAGAUUAGCUUACAUUUCUGAGGUUUAAGAAGUUCAAAAGCAUUAGGUCACUGGAAGAGGGUUUUUUCAGUCUUUCCAACUGUGAAAGCCUUUAUCACCUUCCCCUGUCUUAAAAUACCGAUCCCCAAAAUUCUGACUACUGACCACCGCCGAUUAACUGAUCAAGUUAAAAAAAACUGGACCAACAAACCUUCUGUUCAUUUUGUGAGAUUGAUUAUUUCCUGGAGACACAACAUUGCAUAUCAACUGUCAGAGGUAAAUCCAUGUUGUCUCAUUCUUUUUCUACUUUGCUUUAGGCUUUGAAACAUACAUCUCAGCUGUGGCUGUUAUGUCUUUGGGCCUCAUGUGUAGCAUUAAACAGUAGAAAGCUGUCAGGCUUCUGAAGGCAUAUAUACUUUCAGGCUGGAUACCCAGAGAGGAAAAACAUAAUUUAAUUCACCAAUAAUGGUCACCAGGGAAGAAGAUGGGUAGCAUUAGAAGGAUGUGUAUGAGGAAGUCACUGCUACUCAACAUUUUCUCCCAAACUUACUGUUGUUGAAUUGGUCUCUGCUGCACAGGAGGCUACUGUGGCUGUUUGUUACCUUAGGUGUUUAAAGAUUGCAGUUCAGAUGCCGACAGUGUGUUUUAAAGGAAUAUACUAAAUGGCCUGUUAGUCAAUUUAACCCUUCAGUGGAAAAAACUUGGACACCAAGAUCAUCCAAUCGUGUCGCUGUUUACUGUCGGUUCCAGUCCUAAAGAUCUCAGCAUGCUUCAAACAAUCAGUCAUCCAGCCACGUCUAAAGGCGGAAGUGUUUAUACUAGAGAUGCACGCAUUGUGGAGAAUAAAUAUAUAUUUUUAGAUUGGCAAGUUUAUUUUUGAUUCAAAACAAAUAUUUAGAGAGCCUUCACCGUCCCUAGAAUAAAGACUAUAUUAAUUUAUUGUUUGUAAUAAACUUAUUUUUUAAUAUGUAGACUAUUUACUGCCAAACCUUAUCUUCAUGUUAAAAAAUUAAGCUAUACAUUUCACAUACUUGGACUAAUUAAUGGUUACCUAAAAGAGGAGAGAAAAGCAGAGAGGCAAAAAUACAAAUUCAGAACCAGGUUUUAAGUAGCAUCCCUAGUCCACAGCCUAAGGCUCUGCAUUAUCAAAUGUAAUUAUCGUCUGAAAUUCCAUUAUCGGAACAAUAAUUGUUAUUGCUUAUUGGUCUCCGAUAUAUUGUGCAUCUAGUUUAUACCUAGUUUAUACCUGUUCCAACAAAAGGCCUGCUGUGAUAGCCUCCGUAUGUCUACAUCACACUGCCUCCAACAUUUUCUCCAAGAAUUCUGUCUUUGCCUGUCUUUGUAGUCUCAACACGAUGAAGUAAGUGCACAAAUGGAUAUAACGGCGUAUAUUGUCUCCUCAAAGGCAUUGGUGGUGUUGCACUCAUUGUACACUCUAACAUUGUUGUGUGAAAGAAAAAAGAGAGCUUUAAAGUUCAAACCCUACCUACUUUCACACGUCCACACACCUGGCCAAUCGUGUAAAGUGGGUGUGAUUGUCAUAUUGUCUGUUUCUGAAAGUAUACAACAAUUGUCCCCUGAAUUCUGCCAUUGGAAAGGGGGUUUUAGACCCUGUGAGAUGAUCCGACAAGCACUUCGUUUGAAGCAUACUGAGACCUUAACAGUGUCAUAUAAUUCAUUUGAUAGUAUGUGGCCAGCUUUACCUAAAAGUGGAAAAAGUGGGAACUUGUACUUGUCAGACUUAACCUUUAAAGCUAAUUGUAGUAAUUUUAAAGUUAACCUAAAUGCUGUCAGUGUUGUUCUGGAGAUUGGAAAAUGAAAUAUAAUACACACAUACAGCUUUUAAAUACAAGAUUACUUUCUCUUUUUCCAGAAAAAGUGGGAAAUCACUUAUACUUGUUAACGUGUUGGCACUGAGCACUGGAGCCAGUGAUCUACUGUGGACACAGAUUAUUUUAGUGUUUGUGUCUCAUUACAUAAUGCAUUAAGUAAACUAAUUUCCUUUACCAAAGUCAAGCCAGAAGAGAAAUCUGAUUUAGUUUUUUCCUGAAUGCAACUGUCCAAGGGACAGCCUGCUAGAAAAGAAGGGAUUAAGCCCAUGAUGCAAGUAAUAAGUUCAGUUUCAUAUUAAACAUUUGAUGAACUUUGUAAAUAUUUUAUGUGAGAAUUGAAGCAAUUUUUCAGUCAUCCAUUUAAGAUGAUGCUGAUCACCUUUGGAUGAUAGAUUUACCACGGCCUAGGCAGCACCAAUGCCCAAGUUCAGUUAAGAAAUGUUAAUAGAAACUGUUGGGACUCUCAGUCAUUUAUUAACAUGAUGGAUAGGACAGCAUUCUCUAGCAAAAUGAUAUUUCACAGUUCUGCAGUUUUGGAGUAUAUAAAACCUUAAGAUUUCAGUUUUUUACUAAGUCCCGUAAUAUCCCUAAUAACAAAAAUCAGAGAGAUUUUUUUCCCCAUUUUAAAUGGAGGAAAAUGAAACCCAGUUUCUGUAAUUGGCUUUCUAUUACCUUCUUUUUACAUAGAGCAUAAAAGUCUGACCUCUGUCCUGCAACAAACUCAAAAAAGUUGGAGAGAAAGUUUUCAUGACAGUGGACUAUGAUAAAUGCAGUAACGUAUCCUAUUUUGUUGUUAAAAUAAUAGACCACAUUAAUAUAAUGCUUAAUUCUGUAUGUAUUAAUAAAGUACCAACUCCUUCCAUAGUAGUCAGUGAUUGAUGUUUUUUGUUUUUGUUCACAAUCAUGGGGUUUUAAGACACAGGUCCUUUUUGUUCUGUAUUCACAGUUCCCACAUUUAAAUUUUUUCUAUGCCAUCAUAUGCAGCUCAGUAUAAUAGUACCACCUGCUGGAGGACAGUUAUAGUGCAGCACUGAUAUGGAUAAUGAAAAGAUCCUCUCUGCAGUUUUUUGUGUGGUCUCUGGUUGUAUAACUGAUCUCAGCUCAAUGUGAAACAGAAGUGGAGACUGACUGUUUGAGUAGGUGAAAUUGGUUUGGGUGAAUCUUCUCUGAAUUUAUUGCACUGUGAUUGGAAAUGUAUUUUAGAUUUUGUAGACUUUGUUUUCUUAAUUAUAUUUUAUAUGGGUGUUCCAACUUUCCAGAUAUGGGGAAAAAAAAUGUAAAAUCAUCAUAGGUCAACUUGGGAAUCAGAUAUUUCAGGCCUCACACUGAGAAUUAUUAUUUUUUCAUAGAUGCAGGUUUCAACUUGCUUUCUGUCAUACACAGUUCAUUACAGUUCUGCACUUUAAAUUGUGUGUGGAACAAAUGCAUUGCUGUAAUGACAGGCAAGUGACAGCUAGAAAAUGAUGCAAGGCUGUUGUUGUGCAUUAUUUUAACCACAUUUUCAUGAGCAAGCAGAUGCUAACCGGAAUAUUGGUGUUAAUGUUAAGUAAUAUGGCAAUUCUAGAUUUUUGUUGGGUUUGGUUUUCUAUGCUAGUGUGGGAUUUCAAGUUGCAGGAUCACUGUUUGUCUAAUGAUGUAGUUAUGCAAAUGUUAUGUUGAAAAUGAAUGUUUGUUUUGGGAUAUUUUGGACUCACACAUGCUGAUGCUCACUUGAAAUGGCAAAUGACCAUUUCAUGCAAUUUUCUAAAAUGUUGACAUUGGAGAAAAGCUAUGUAAUGCAUCUUACAUAUUAAUUGUGGUAAAUGCCUAGUUUUCAUCCAAUAGAAAUAUUUGCACCGUUUGUUGAACAUAAAAUUAUGCUGUGUUGCCAACUGUGUAUGCCUGCUUCUUGAAAACUCUCCCAAGAAUAUGUUGCUAUUUUUCCACUGCCACAGAAUUACAAGGACAUCCCACUCAGUUUAAGAGUCUAUACAUGUUAUUGCUUUGGUUCAAGACAACCCCUGUUACUGUUAAAUAGCUUUCCUGUGGAGAACCAUGUUUUUCAACCUUUUCAAAUCAACCUUUGAUGGACUAAGAAACACCACGUUUUCAGUGUUGUGACGAUGCAUUUUUCAGAUAAUCAGAGUUUUUAGAUGGUUUAUCUUAAAAAGUAGAACACUUUUCUCAACACACAAAGGCACAUGUAAUCCUUCAAUUUGGAGAUGCAUGGUUUUCAUUGGACAGCGAAAACCUCAAACCUCAGGAUUUGAACCUGUGAUACAGUAUUACUGGUAAAGGAAAGUAUGGGAGGCAGAACGAAUCUAGAAACUGUUUAAAUUAUACCCAAGUUUUUCAAGUGUAUCCAAGUGUGUCCUUAUCCCCAAAAACCUCCCCUGACUGCUCUCAUUUUACCAGCACUGAUAUUUUUUUACCAUCUUCAGCACUAGCCUUAAUUUUCUGACAACUAACUCUGGUAAUAGAUGUUUGAGCAAACAAAUAUUGAUUGGGCUGUCCUUGACCAGUAAUACUGUAUUUGGUUUCCCAAACUGAGUGGACUUUCCCUUUUAAAUCAUGUAAGCUACUAAUGAUGCAUUGUGAUUGUGAUGAACAGAAGUCAGCCAGCUUUUAGUCAGUAGCCUACUAUAUAUUCAAAUAUCUUGUUUUGAGUAGCCUCUGUGCAGUAUGUUCAACAUGUGAACAAAACAUGGUUGUGGUCUGUGGUGUUUGUUUUUACGGAUCAAACAGCCAUCUCUUAGCUGUGAUCACUACAGCAGCUCUGGACUCACCAUGUUCAUUAUGACAAGGAUUAAACUUUCCCUGGGGAAAAAACCUG